AUGGCUUCGCCAACCGAGAACUAUUCUGCAACAAUGGAGGAGAACACAGGAAUUGAACCUGUCCCGCAGCAGCCAGCUACUUCGCGCUGGAGACGAGUCUUUGGAGGAAAUACCAAAGAAGAUGCCGAGUCUAGCGGGGAUCUAACUUAUCGCGCCAAAUCGACGUUGGGAAUCCUAAGUGAUAAGGAGACCGACGAAGUUCCUGGAACGGUACUUCUAUUGUCAUCAAAUCGCAAUGAACCUCUGGGAAUGAGGCACCAACCGCAUCGGACAUCGACAUCAUCUAUAUCCUCGUCUUAUCGUCCCUCGCGAUCCAAUUCUCGAACCCGGUCGGCGGUUCCAACGAAGAAAAGAACAGCGGACGGACAAUUUGUGCUUGAUCCCCAACCGGAUGACUCCGUAAAUGACCCUCUGAACUGGCCUGUGUGGCAACGAGACACCGCAUUGGUCUCGCUGGGCUUCUAUUGCUUGAUGGGAGGCGGCAUGACCCCCAUUUUGGCAGCUGGGUUUAACAAGGUCGCAGCUGCAUACGAUGUCAGCACCCAACAAGUGGCUUUUACCACCGGGUUCUAUAUGCUAGGUUUAGGCUUGGGGUCUGUCGUGAUGUCGCCCACAGCCAUUCUAUACGGGAAACGACCAGUUUAUCUUUUGGGGGCCACCCUGUUCGUGAUCUCGGCAAUUUGGUGCGCAGCGUCACCGAACUACCCAAGUCUCGUGGUCGCUCGUAUUUUCCAAGGACUUGCCGUCAGCCCAGUCGAGUGUCUUCCAUCUGCUACAAUUGCAGAGAUCUACUUCUUGCACGAAAGAGCCUAUCGGGUGGGUAUAUAUACACUCUUGCUGCUAGGCGGAAAGAAUCUGAUUCCCCUGGUGAGUGCCGCCAUCAUCCAAAGCCUGGGCUGGCGCUGGGUAUUCUGGAUCGUCGCCAUGAUUGUAGGCAUGUGUCUAGUGUUACUUUUUUUCUUCGUGCCUGAAACAUUUUGGGACCGCACACCUCGUCCGCGUGUGCACAAGCCUAAGCGCCCUCACGGCCCUGGUCGCAGUGUCUCUGACCUCGUUUCCCACGGCUUCCGCGGGCGGCGCCCGUAUGUUCAACCCUUGGACGAGUCCACCGAACAAGCGGAUAUAGAUCCAGCAACGGGGCCGAAAAAAUCCAAGCAUGCCCAUGUUGGAUUCGCGGAUGACCACCCAGAAGGAGAUCAGGUGGUCGAGACUGAAAAGUCCGAUCUUGUUUCCGAGGCUGGCAACGCUACCAAUGGUGAUCAAAUCGCCACUCAGCAGUCCACCCCAGCCAAUGAGAAAGACGAUGACUUCCUCCAGCCACUACCUCACGCUGUUCUGUCUGGCACACACCAGGAUGACCUAGAGACAGCUCGACAUACGGCCAUAUCGCCUACGAGGACCGAGUCACUAGAGCCUGCGGGGACACCGCUGCCUGCGACCCUACAAUACACAAACCGACUCCGUGAACGCCCGAAGAUCCCCUACUCUCAAUUACUUCGAGUCUGGAACGGACGAAUCGCGCAGGACAGCUGGCACCGGGUUGCUGUGCGACCAUUUAUCCUAUUUGCUUAUCCCGCCGUGCUCUGGUCAACAGUGGUAUACGCACUAUCGGUCGGAUGGCUAAUCGUGCUUUCGGAGUCGGUUGCACACAUCUUCGAGGGCGGGACUCACUACCAUUUCACCGCACUACAGACGGGUCUGAUCUACAUAUCGCCAUUUGUUGGCGGUCUCCUUGGAACCGCAGUGGCGGGCAAAGUAUCAGAUAUGAUCACGCGCUUUAUGACCAGACGCAAUGGCGGUAUCUACGAGCCUGAGUUCCGUCUCGUCAUGGCAAUUCCUAUCGCUUUGUCCACUGUUAUCGGUCUGAUGGCUUUUGGAUGGAGUGCUGAGAUCGGUGACUCUUGGAUUGUUCCGACUAUUUUCUUCGGUUUGAUCUCGUUUGGUUGCUGCUUGGGUAGCACAACGGCUAUCACUUUUUGUGUAGAUAGCUAUCGCCAGUAUGCUGGCGAGGCGCUAGUGACACUGAACUUUAGCAAGAAUAUCCUCCACGGAUUGAUUUUCUCCCUUUUCAUCGUGGACUGGCUGGACGCAUCUGGUUCACGUACCGUGUUCCUGUCUAUCGGCGGUAUACAGCUUUUCUUCAUGCUCAUGUCGAUUCCUAUGUACAUAUACGGCAAGAGAGCUCGUAUGUGGACCGUACGCAAGCGGCUCAUGGAACGCUUCUGA